ACCCGACCCGCACAUCCGCCACGGUUCCCCCUGCUCAGCUCCCGAUCGAUCUCUGACUCUGCUCCGACUCGUCGGAAAUGGAGGUGCUCUGCAUCGGCACGGCCGACACCAAGCUCGAGGAGCUGCUCUUCCUCGCCGCUCGCCUCCGCUCCGGCCUCGCCGCCUCCGACUCCGCCCCAGAGGUUCAAGUAAGUAUAGUGGAUGUCUCCACGACUAAAACAGCACCAACACAAGAUUCUAAAGACAUUCCAGUUAUUGCGAGAGAGACAGUUCUCUCAUGUUAUCCAGAUGCCAACCAACAAGAUCUUCCGGAUGACAGAGGUGAAGCGAUAGUGCUCAUGUCAAAAGCUCUUCAGAGCUUUCUGAAAAACAGAUAUGAGGGUGGUACCCUGGUUGGUGCUGUUGGCUUAGGAGGAAGUGGAGGAACCGCGCUAAUUGCUCCUGCUCUAAGAUCCCUGCCGCUCGGAGUACCUAAGCUUAUUGUAUCCACUGUUGCGAGUGGCAAUACUGCACCCUAUGUUGGCACAUCUGACUUGGUAUUGUUUCCUUCAGUUGUUGACAUAUGUGGAAUAAACAGUGUCAGCCGUGUUAUACUGUCUAAUGCUGCUUCAGCUGCUGCUGGAAUGGUACAUGGGGUAUUAAUGGCUUCCGGCGAAUCAGAUGAAACAGACACAAAGCUGACUGUUGGGAUUACGAUGUUUGGCGUUACCACACCAUGUGCAAAUGCUGUCAAAGAUAGACUGAACAAAGAAGGGUACGAGACGCUUGUGUUCCAUGCCACUGGUGUCGGAGGCAAAGCAAUGGAAGAACUAGUUAGAAGUGGAUUCAUACAGGGCGUAUUGGACAUAACAACAACAGAAGUUGCGGACCACAUUGUUGGCGGUAUCAUGGCAUGUGAUGAGACCAGGUUUGAUGCAGCUAUAGAUAAAAAUAUCCCUCUUGUUCUCAGUGUUGGGGCCUUGGAUAUGGUUAACUUUGGAGCUCAUGAUACAAUACCUUCUGCUUUCGCAGAAAGAAAGAUCCAUGUACAUAAUGAACAGAUUUCGCUGAUGCGGACUACCGUGGAAGAGAAUAAGAAAUGUGCUCAGUUUAUUGCUGACAAGCUGAACAAAUCUUUCUCCAGAGUUACUGUUUGCCUGCCACAGAAGGGUGUCUCUGCAAUAGAUGCACCUGGAAUGCCAUUUUAUGAUCCCGAGGCUACAUCUGCACUCUUGGAUGAGUUAAAUACUCGUAUUACCAAAACUGAGAAUAGACAGGUGAAGCUGCUUCCUUAUCACAUAAACGAUCCUGAAUUUGCCGAUGCCUUGGUGGAUGCAUUCUUGAGAAUGGAUAUAAAGGCCUCUGGUGACAUAACUCGGAAAAACAACAUGGUCGUGCCUAAGCAAGAUGCAAAUAAAAAAGAAUCUUGUGCAGGAGAGAGGAUUUUAGAUAGUUCUAUCAUAUGGAGACCUCCUGUGGAUUAUCCUGAUGCAAGACCAGAAACUUUGCAAAAGACAAAGUCAAUACUACAUAGAUUAAAGCAACAAAUCGGUGACGGUAUUCCUGUUAUUGGAGCUGGUGCUGGAACAGGCAUAUCUGCAAAGUUUGAAGAAGCUGGUGGGGUUGAUCUGAUUGUGCUGUACAAUUCUGGGCGGUUUCGAAUGGCUGGAAGGGGCUCAUUAGCAGGGCUCCUACCAUUUGCCGAUGCAAAUGCCAUUGUACUUGAGAUGGCCAAUGAAGUGUUGCCUGUCGUUAAAGAAGUGCCUGUUCUUGCUGGGGUUUGCGCUACUGAUCCAUUCCGAAGAAUGGAUUACUUCCUCAAACAGCUAGAAGCCAUUGGAUUUUGUGGUGUCCAAAACUUCCCUACGGUUGGUCUGUAUGAUGGGAAUUUCCGACAGAACUUGGAAGAAACUGGAAUGGGGUACAGCAUGGAAGUGGAGAUGAUCUCAAGAGCUCACAACAUGGGUUUCCUGACGACUCCGUACGCUUUCAAUCCAGCAGAAGGCGCUGCCAUGGCCAAGGCUGGAGCUCAUAUCAUAGUGGCGCACAUGGGUCUCACAACAGCCGGGUCGAUCGGCGCAAAGACAGCUGCGACUUUAGAUGACAGUGUUGUUCGGGUUCAAGCCAUCGCCGAUGCUGCACUGGGUGUUAAUCCUGCCAUCAUCGUUCUCUGCCAUGGAGGUCCCAUAUCAGGGCCACGGGAGGCGGAAUUUGUCCUGAAGAACACUAGUAGGGUCCACGGAUUCUAUGGUGCUUCAAGCAUGGAGAGAUUGCCGGUCGAGCGGGCCAUCACAAACACUAUGAGGGAGUACAAACUCAUUUCACUAAAAUGAGAACGGUUGCUUACAAGUGGGCAUGUGAAGCCUGGUGAUGGAAACUUUGUUGUCACAUGUAAAUUACUACCAACUGUGCCUUCCGCGUGUGCAUAAUACUACCUCCAUCCUAAAGAUUAAGGCUUUUUUUAAGUCAAACCAAAUAAAGUUUGACCAAACUUUUAGAACA